UCGCUUUAGUCUUUCUUCCCUAUCUCUAUGGCUCUCGCGGUUGCUAUGAGACAGUGUGGCACACGCGCGUUGUCAUAGAAACUCAGCCGUCGUUGUUAUCGGUCUUGGGCACUUGUGACUUUAUCGGGUCACUCCUUGCAAGACGGCGCAAAGGGUUCUUUUAGGUUUUAGCUUUUGGACCUAGAAGAAUCAUGCCUGUUCCAGAUGUUAUGUUCUGUGCACAACAGAUCCAUGUUCCCCCUGAACUGCCAGAUAUUAUGAAACAAUUUACCAAGGCUGCUAUUCGGACCCAACCACGUGAUGUACUCCAGUGGUCCUAUGGCUAUUUCUAUGCACUCUCAAGAGGAGAGCCUCUUCCUGUGAAGGAACGAGUUGAAAUACCAGUAGCCACACAGAAAAAUGAUACUGGUCUGACACCAGGGCUCCUUAAAAUUUUGCAUAAACAGCUAUCUGAAAAGAAAAUUGUGGAUAUACCAGAACUCCAAAGAAAGUGGAAGAACUUGUGCUUACCAGUGCAACAGCUGCACAACCUUCUUCGACUGGAUUCCUUUGCAGAUGGAGUGGAGUGGAUGAAAUUUUUUGCACUUGCAUGUAGUGCUCUUGGUGGGUCCUUACUCAGUUCUAUGAAACAUGCCUGUGAAAUUCUAACAAAUGAUCCUCAAGGUGCAGCAGCUCGUAUUCCAUAUGAUACAUUUGCAUUUCUCUACACCUACCUGGCUGGCUUAGAUGAAGAAAUAACAGAGGAAGCAGUGGAAUCUUAUCUUAAAGCUCUUAAGGAACAAGUGUCACGUAAGGAAUAUAUGGUUGGAAUUGCAGACUUCAGCAUAGCAAAAAAGGUAUAAGACAAGCUGGACAAGAUUGACACAUUUAAUGCAUAACAGAACUUAAUACUGAAAUGUAUAGUAUUAUACAACACAAAAUAGAUGUUUAUGUAAUGAUGUACAGUGUGCUUUUAUGUUCAUGAAAUGCUUAUAAGAAUUCAGGCAGUAAAGCCUUAAUAACUGG